CGGGCCAGCGCCACCCGCUCCCCGGGCCCCGAGCCGCCGCGCCGCCGCGGCCGCCAGCGCUACGUGGAGAAGGACGGCAGGUGCAACGUGCAGCAGGGCAACGUGCGCGAGCCGGGCCGCUACCUGACCGACCUGUUCACCACGCUGGCCGACCUGCAGUGGCGCCUCAGCCUGCUCUUCUUCGUGCUCGCCUACGCGCUCACCUGGCUCUUCUUCGGCGCCAUCUGGUGGCUGGUGGCCUACGGCCGCGGCGACCUGGAGCACCUGGGCGACGCGGCGUGGACGCCGUGCGUCAACAACCUCAACGGCUUCGUGGCCGCCUUCCUGUUCUCCAUCGAGACGGAGACCACCAUCGGCUACGGGCACCGCGUCAUCACCGACCAGUGCCCCGAGGGCAUCGCGCUGCUGCUGCUGCAGGCCAUCCUGGGCUCCAUGGUGAACGCCUUCAUGGUGGGCUGCAUGUUCGUCAAGAUCUCGCAGCCCAACAAGCGCGCCGCCACGCUCGUCUUCUCGUCGCACGCCGUGGUGUCGCUGCGCGACGGGCGCCUGUGCCUCAUGUUCCGUGUGGGCGACCUGCGCUCGUCGCACAUCGUUGAGGCCUCCAUCCGCGCCAAGCUCAUCCGCUCGCGCCAGACGCUCGAGGGCGAGUUCAUCCCGCUGCACCAGACCGACCUCAGCGUGGGCUUCGAAACGGGCGACGACCGCCUCUUCCUCGUGUCGCCACUCGUCAUCAGCCACGAGAUCGACGCCGCUAGCCCCUUCUGGGAGGCGUCACGCCGCGCCCUGGAGAGGGACGACUUUGAGAUCGUCGUCAUCCUCGAGGGCAUGGUGGAGGCCACGGGAAUGACAUGCCAAGCUCGGAGCUCCUACCUGGUGGACGAGGUGCUGUGGGGCCACCGCUUCACGUCAGUGCUCACGCUGGAGGACGGCUUCUAUGAGGUGGACUAUGCCACCUUCCACCAGACCUUUGAGGUGCCCACGCCCUCGUGCAGCGCCCGGGAGCUGGCCGAAGCCGCUGCCCGCCUUGAUGCCCAUCUUUACUGGUCCAUCCCCAGCCGGCUGGAUGAGAAGGUGGAGGAGGAGGGGGCCGGGGAGGGGGCGGGGGGAGAGGCCGGCACCGACAAGGAGCAGAAUGGCUGCCUGCCGCCCCCAGAGAGCGAGUCCAAGGUGUGACCAGUUCCCUCCAGACCCCUGUGGCAGGGCCAGACACCGGUCCCUGGGAGCUGGACGUCAGGGGUGGAGAGGGAGGCAGGCGAGACCCCCGGGAUGUGCUAAGUCCGGAGAGCCCCCUAGAGCCCAGUGGAUUGGGGGCGGGGCCUGACUUCAGGAGAACGGAGGGUGGGGACCGGGGAGCAUGCCUGCCUGUCUGUGUUUGACCCUCACAUCUGUUCACGGGUGGAUGGAUGGACAGAAGGAUGGAUUUAUGCAGGCUGGAGGGGGAGGUGGUAGCAGACAGACAGACGCUGGCGGAGAGAUGAAUGGACAGACAGGUGGUGCGCUCAGGGCCGCUGCUAACCCAGAGCAUCUUUGUGCAAAUUCUAAAAUGGCACCCUUUCCCUCUGGACUGAUGGCGUCCCCGACCACAGGGCAUGGCUUGGGGAGCAGAGUCCCCACUCACCUCCUCGGCCAGCCUCCUGUGCUGCGGCACACCUGUCCCACUGGACACAGUGGCCCGGGCUGACCCCAAGGAGAGAGAGCUGGACAGACGGACAGAUGGAGGUGGGCCGAGAUGAGGGUGCCCGCCCCGCUCCACCGCCGCCUCCGUGACCGGAGCAGGUGGGUGGAAGGCUGCAGGGCUGGCUCAGCCGGGUGUGCAUGACCUUGCCCCCACAUGCAGGGGGAUGGGGCCCGGGGAAGGAGAAGCAGGGAUGGCUAUUUUCCGACAGCGGGACGAGCUCUCAUAAAUAGCACUGCAGCGGCCGGGGAGGGAGAGGACAUUCUGAGGAAGCAGAAGGGCGGGGGGAGAGAUCCAGAAAGUGAGUUCACUCGAGUGGGACACAGGGGCCCGUGGGAAAGCAGAGUUUGUCCUGGGGCCCAGUGACUGGGGGUCAUUCACAGGGUUCAUGGGGUGCUUUUUGAGCACAGAGCACUGGCCCCAUGCAGGUGGGGUGGCCGGUCAGAGACCUGGUCCCUGGCAUCAGAACACAGCGCCCCUGAGAGCUGCAUGACGUGUGGCUCAAACCGAACUUGACCAUCCCUCGGAGCAGAGGACAGGAGGUUUGGGGACCAGAAAGCCAGGGGCUGAGUAAGGCACAGAGAAAGACAGAAAAGGAGCAAGCCAGCAGUUAUCCAACUGGUGUGUGCAUCAGAGUCACCUGGCGGGAUUGUGAAAACGCCGACAGCCGGGCCCCACUCCCAGAGUUUCUGACUCAAUAGGUGUGGGGUAGAGAUAAAAAAAAAUUGCAUUUCUAGCAAGUUCCCAGGUCAUGCUGAUGCUGCUGGCAUGGGGGCCACACUUUGAGAACCACUGCUCUACACAGACUUGGAAGUCACGUCAGGAGGUAAGGCACUUGAGUUGAGGAGGAGCUGAAGGGUAGUUGAGGGGUGGUUGAGGGGGACUUAGUAGCUGAGGGGGAGCUGAGGAGAAAGAGGAAUGCCUGAGGGGGAGCUGAGGAGGAGCUGAAGGGUAGCUGGGGAGUAGCUGACCUGAGGAGUAGCUGAGUGGAGGACAAGCUGAGGGGAAGAUGAGGAGUAGCUGAGUUGAGGAGUAGCUGAGUGGAUAAGCUGAGGAGUAGCUGAGAAAUAGCUGAGCUGAGGAGUAGCUGAGCUGAGGAGUAGCUGAGUGGAGGAGCAGCUGAGCGGAGGAGCGGCUGAGCGGAGGAGUAGCUGAACUGAGGAGUAGCUUAGUGGAGGAGUAGAUGAGCGGAGGAGCAGCAGAGCGGAGGAGUAGCUUAGCAGAGGAGCAGCUGAGCUGAGGAGUAGCUGAGCGGAGGAGCACCUGAGUGGAGGAGCAGCUGAGGGGAAGCUGAGGGAAGCCGAGGAAUAGGUGAAGAAAAACUGAGGAUCGCAGCAGGAGGGACUGAAUAGGAAGGGUGAGCCAUCAUGACUGGGGAAAGGGACCCUGAAACCCCGGCUGACAAGUUUAACUGUGGGCCCUGGAACUCCCCCAUCUGUGGAACCCCCAGUGAUAAGCAGGACAUGCUGUUUGGGGAAGACGAGGCCGCCGGGAGUCCUGGAGGGGGGUCCCUGGGCAGGGGUGGGGGCUCAGGCGGGGAGGGCAUCAGUGGCCCAAGACUGGAUGCCCAGUAGAACUAACUGAAGAGGCAGGGUUGAACCUGGGUGACAGUUCGAGGGAGAAGUGAGGAGGUCAGACACCGCAUGUGUCUGUGGCCCGCUGUCCACCCUGCUGGGCCAGCCGCCCCCCCACAAACACUGUUCCCAUCCCACCUCCACCCCCGCCUGGUGUCACCGAGUCGCCAGGGGCAGCCCUGCAGGAUGGUGAGGAGAGAGCAGGGGCAGCUUGGGGCAGGGUGGAAGUGGGGCGGGGGGCUGAGGCUGGCCUCCUGGGAGAGGAGAGUUCGUCCAGGCAAGCGUGUGCUCCCACAACACCGGUCCAGCAGUGACCUCCACCCCUUGGUCCUGGCCACACCCUGCGCCUGUCCUUUAAUAAAAGACUGAACCCCUCAGGGGAAAGCA